AUGGCUAGUUGUGUUAGGCCGUCGAUACGCGGUGGAAGUCUCAUCGCGAAGAAAUACCGUUGCUUGGGCCAAAUUGGCGAAGGAUCCUUUGGAGUUAUAUUCUUAGGAAAGAAUGAGGAGAAUAGAGAACAGGUAGCGAUAAAAAUUGAGUCCCAACACUCUUCUCAACCGAAAACGCUCUUGGACGAAGCGCGUUUGCUGAGUACACUGCAUCGAGCUAGCGGAAAUGGAAUUGCGGUAAGGAAAUCUUUAAAAUGGUAGUUGACUGAGCAAUUCAUUUGAAGCCUAAUGUGGAAGUGCUGUCGCCUUUCAAAAGAAGACUAUUGGAUAAAUUGCAAAAUUCCCGGUCCACCUGAUAGCCAUGUUAACACGUUAACACGUUGAUCCUUUAAUCCCUCAGUCCAGUCCAGUCCAUACUUUCGAAUGUUACUUCCAAGCAGCCCUGCAGUCAUUAACUUGCGGUCUUACGCAACAACAACGACGACAACAGUGAAAACAUAACUAAAAAAUAAAUUUGCGUUCUAUCAAACUUAAUCGCGUCUAUUAGAAACUGCACAAUUCGUAAAAUGUAGGCGAGUUUUCCUGAAGUUGAAUUCUUAACGACUUUAUCCAUGUUCAAAUGGAGAAAGGACAAUUUGUCGUCGUAAAUCCACGUCCUCCACAAAACGUCGCAUUGGGAGGUUUCACGUCAUAGUCGUCCAGGGGACGUCAACUGAAGCAUCGGUGUACUAAAAAGUGUGAUGCACUUGCAUAGCAGUUGUUUUGCUCAUAAAACCAAUUGUUUUUUGGCUUUAUCGUUGUUGUACGCGUUGUUGUCGUCGUCGUAGGUGCUUCAUUAUAUAACCUCCCUAUUCAGUCGUCGAAUGCUUCUAGUCCUAGAUCUCGUUGUUCAUGUGAACAACAACCCAAUGCGCAACACUCGUAAUGUACUUCUUUGUAAAAACCAUUCGCCUCUGAACAUAGAGUUUUCCCGUCUUUCCUCAUAAUUGCGGUAUAUAUGGCAAAUUUUACUGUCGUUAUUCUGCAAAAAUACGUCGUAUAAGAGAUCAAUAUUGAUAUCGGCGCAAUAUAAGUUUGGUUAUUGAUAUCGCCGCAAUAUAAGUUUGGUUAUUGAUAUCGUCGCAAUAUAAGUUUGGUUAUUGAUAUCGGCGCAAUAUAAGUUUUGUUAUUGAUAUCGGCGCAAUAUAAGUUUUGUUAUUGAUAUCGGCACAAUAAUAAGUUUUUUGCGAAAACGAAGGCUCCGUGCACUGCGAAUUCGGACAUUUUUGAAACCGCUUAUUUUUUUUCCCAGAUUCGUGUGGACGGAGCCUUUAAACCACUCUGGACAGCUGUUUCAAAAAUAUCGGAUUCGUCUGGACAUGACCUAAAUUUUAGGAGCCAUGGAGCGAGCUGCACGUGCGCACGGCACGUGGUUAUCUGUGAGAUUUUGAGAGAAGACAUUUUUUGGCUUCACACUAGAAGCGAAGUUAGUUUCAAGUAAGCACUUGAUUUAAGUGCACUUGGAAAUCUUAAGUCGCUCUGUAGAGAACAUGGCUUCAUACUGGUUGACAAAGUAUAUUACUUGAAGUAAAAGCUGUCAAUCUCUCCAUGCAUUAGAAUCUUGGAACUGCUCCACGUGCACAUCGUGCACAUCGUGCACAUUUCUUAAUGGCCAAGUGCGUUCUCAAGUGUGGUGUAGCCAUACUUGGCAGCGAACUUCGGCUUCUUUGAACUAGGAACGUUUCAUUGCUCACAAAGUUAACUUGAAGUAGAUGCAUUUUACCCCUUCAGAUUCAAAGUAGGUUCUGAGUACACUUACAUUAUACUUGAAGCUCUAAUGGCAAGCCAACAAUUGACAGAAGACGUACUACAGCAGUUGAGUGACAAAAGCAACUGAAUUCGUUAUUUUGGGUUCCUAAUUUCCUGAAUGCAUAACGUGACUAAGUACAGUCGUUAAAAUCUUUUAAUUGGUUGCUCCCACGAAGAAAAUAAUACCAUGCCUCGGGAAAGGAAAGACUGGCUUGGUCUAACCUUCAAAAAAAAAUCAUGAAAGUAAUUUACUUCACAAAGCAAAAGAAAUAAAGAAAAUAUAUAUGUUUCAGUUAAUUUUUUAUCUCAGGUAGUUUAUAUUUUUCUGUAAUGUUUUUGGGUAUGGUAAUGUAUGCUAAUGAAGUUGAAACAAAGGAAAAAUAAAAAUUACCUGAGAUAAAAAAUUAACUACAACAUACUUGUAUACACUGAAAGUUAACCGAAGUGGUAGAUGCAGAAACUUAUAAAUGCCGCGCAUAUACUCAGCAUUUUAUUUUGCAGUUCUUUGGUCCUCUUGUUAUUACGUAACAGACUAAACAAUACGAUUUAUGCCGACAGAUUAAGUAUUCGUGAUAUAGUGUGGUUCAUUUUUUCUCUUGGUUCAAUGCGCAUUAAACUUUCCUUUGUUUGGGUAUGGUUGUAUUUGAUAAAGAGUGCGAAACAAAGGCAGCUAAAAAAAAGUAAAACUAGGAUGGAACUUAACCACAACAAUAACCUACUUCCCAUGUAAAUUUGUUUGGCCACAUCGCAUACGUAUUUCCUCCGGAGAUAUGGUUUUACUUUCGCGUAAAUAGAUCCAAUGGACGCGGAUCAAGUGGAUUGUAUUUUUUUUUCAUCCGCAAUGUAAGUUACGGAGCGAGAUUUCCUCUUCAAAUUUUGUGGAUGGCACCCGAGAUAUAAAUCCAGGAGAGAGUCUCCUUAACUUAUAAAAUGGACCCGUUGGUCGCACGGAAGCACAGUAUCCGCCCUGGUAGAACCGCGGCGCAUACCCGCUGACGGAAUUGACUAAUCAGGGAGCAUACACUAAAUUAGAGAUAUCCACCCUUCCACGGUUGUUUCAACUUUUGACUGGGGCAACACGGCUGGGAAGAACGCCUUAACCCUUUAAGCCCCAAGAUCCACAUACAAAUUCUCCAGACUGAUCUCCAUAGAUUUCUUUUAAGAACAGUUGAGAGAAUUUGGUUUAAGAUCAAAGCAUUCUCCCUUUGUUAAUCAAUUACCUUUACGCUUGGUGAUCUGCUGAUGUUGUCAGGAGAAAAUUGAUGUUGGUCUAAAUGGUUAAAAUCAGUAACUUUACCAGGUUUUAGAGUGAUUUGAACAAAACGAACGAACGAAGAUAUUAUAGCUCCGCAACAUCUCGAACGUUACAGACGUUUGUUUAGUGUGAGGCAAUUUCGUGACCCUCACUAUACAAACGUCUGGAAAAUUUCGCGACAUUGUGGUGCAAUAUAUCCGCUGGCCUUGAACUUUAAUAAGUAAUAGCAUUUAUACACACGAUACAUUUAUUUAUACACGAUAAAACAGUAUGGCAAAGCUGAUGUGCUUGUGUUAAAACUAAACAUAGAAGUUAUUAAAACAAUCAGCAAGACUAUUUAAAAUAGAAUUCAAAGCCUAAACUAUUUACUUAAGAAGCCGACUUUAAACUUUAAUAGUGCUCUUUCCAGAGGUGUCGAUGUAUAUUCGCGUACUGGUCUUUUCCCAGUAAAACUUGAAACAAACCGUGGAAGAGUCUGUUUUAGGACUAAUAUGUCCUGCGUAUGCUGAAUUACAUUUAAUGGUCUUUUUCAGUGCAGGUUUCUUUCUUUCAUUCGCGCAAAUAAAUCAAUUUCCUUUCUGUAGAAGGAACGUUAAAAAUGUUUGAGUGCCUUCUCAGUCAUCAUUUAGAAAUAUGUGUCAUCUUGAAUGUUCAACUACUAAUUGAGAGCCUGGCGUAAAUAUCUACAUUGUCGUAACUCCAUCCAGUCAUCAUUAAUUGGACAGCUCUCCUCUUGGGAAACGCUUUUCUUUUCCCCUUUCCAAUGGCGUUUUGCGUCCUCACUCAUUCUGUUUGUUCCAGUUUUCCACUGAGAGGCAGCGAAAAUAUCUGGAAGUGAAACCGCCAAAUUGGAACUGCUACUUAAACUGGAUAAGGUACUGCUUCUGGAGCGAGCUGACAUCGGGCGUUCAUCAUCCGCUGACAAAAACGACGAAGCAGACAAUAAUCGUUGUUGUUUGUUGCUUUCGUCUGAUUUUCUUCUAAGGUUAGGUGAGGAUUCCCUCAAAGACGACUGUCGUUGUAACAUAUGUUCCCGUUUCUUCAGGAAUAAUCUUUGUUCUGAGUUCCUUUGCUUCUGAAUCUGGCGAGUUUCCUUGCUGAGUGUCGUUGCAUCGAUUGCAUUUCGCACAAGAAGUGUUUUUGCGGUGUUUUUUGAUAAAAGACACACCGGCUCCUCUUUACCUGGUUUCAUGUCGCUGAUCAGAAUUAAUGAAACCCUGGCCCACAAGUUCACGUUACUUAAACACGGUACUUCAAUUCAAACAAUGACGACAUCGCGAAAUUGUUCGUCAUCAUAAUAAUGUAAUAUUGGCUUAUCGUCCUGUGUAAUAGCCCUAAGGCAGCCAAGUGCAGAUUAGCUUGUUUGUAAAUUUGUUUUUUUCACCUUGCAAUUUUCGGUUGAUCAUUUCACUUCAUUUAAAAUUGACAAAGGUAAAAUAAUCGUUGAAUAAAGAUAGCAGUUUAUAGUAAUUUCAAAUCAGAUAAAUCAAAUCUCUAUCACAACACAUUGGUACCAAUAUCAGUAAAUGAUAGAAUGAGGCGAUCAACAGGUGAUUGUUUAGCAUAACACGAGAUCGUUUUGUGGGGUUAUAACAACGACGAAUAAACAGUUCUUAAUGGAGCAAGAAUUAAAAUAAAAAGUUAACUUUUACAUAAAAGUUGCGACCAUGGCAUUGUUUCGGGACCUUGUUUUUGCUAUAAGACAACAUUUCGUUGAUUCAUUAAAAGGUAAAACUAAUCUGAGCUAUGGACCGGUAAGGAUUAGACACUAAAUCAAAUAGGAAAGAUAUUUCUGGGCAUCAAAUCUUUAUCACUAAGGUUGUACCAAAAUUGCCUGAAUGAGUGAAUGAACUGUAAGAGAACAACAUUCGCGGUAGAUUAACCCAUAUAUUGGCGUCUUUCCCAUAUUGGAUAAAUCCAAGGAAAAAACAGUUACAAUGAAAGUGGAGCAAGACUAGUAUAUCUUCUCAGUUAAAACACGGGCACCUUUCAGAAAAAAGCGUUGGUACUUUCAAACUUAUUUGGGACAAACAGGAAACGUUUUAGGUUUCUUACACGGUUUGCCUUUCAUUUUACGGCAAUGAUUUCGCGGUUUUUAUUUAUAGCGACAAAAGCGGAGCACUAACGUCAAUGCUGACAUUCGCGGCUUCCUGUACGGGCGACGAUCGCAUUGUCUUGAAACGUUGCUUUACAUAUUUUUGCUAUAAGUGGAAACUUUUAACAUUUCUAGUAAUUUCUUCUCAGUCAUUGUUUCUGCAGUCUGUUGUUUUUGCCGACCCAAGAAGGCUUUCGGGCCCAGCCAUGUCACCCUGAGGUUCUUUGUUGCUAUAGAAAUGAAUCGCGAAGAUAGAAAUUUUGUGCGUUCUUAAAGGUUGAUUUCCACUGACGCGUUUUUGGUUGCGAACGUUAACGCACGCCAAUUUUAAUCACAUAAAUAAAAUAGAGGCAAGAUAAAAAGUGCUGAGCUUAAACGAGAGGUUGAGCGAGGUUGAACUUUUAGGCUGCGUGCAAACGGAUGCAACAACUCCCAAAAUCGUUGCGUCCGUGUUGGCAGUGUUGUGCAAACGGAUGAAACAACUCCAAACAAUGUUGGAACCUGCAGUGCAUCGUGGGAAGGAUACAACCCACAAGUCUUUGUAAACCAUGCGUAAUGAGCGUGCGUGGCCCAAACAAUGUUGGAAGAGCUGUGCAAACGGAUCCAACAUUGUUGCGCUACGCUUCGGCGAUCACGGAACCAAAGAAGUGUUGGCAGUUGUUGCUGGAAAGUUUGACCGGUUUCAAACUUUGCGCAACAACACGCAACAACAUCAAACAACAUGCAGCAGGGAGUGCAAACGGGCGCAACAUGUAACAUCCAACAAUGUUGUGUCCGUUUGCAUGGGGCUUAACGCUUAGGAACGACUUUUCAUGCAUUACCUCUAUUUUAUUUGCAAACGUAAAUUUUACGCACGUGCGCGACGGAAAAAUUACGCGACACUGGAAAUCAACCCUUAUUGCAGCAGAAUUAACUGGCUACCACAAUGUCAGCCCUUUCCGCACGUUUGGGAUAGUAAGGACAGCGCAAAGAAAACUGAGCUCUCUAUUUAACGCCCCCCUUCCGCUAUGCGAACGCCUGAAACAGACCACCACAAUGUACAAGAGUACCUCAUGCAUUUCACAUGCCAUUUUAGGAAGGAUUCCCUCAAGUUCAUUGGUCCGGUCAAGAGGUUAACAACAAUAUUUUAAUCAUGGAUCUUCUUGGAGCUAACUUAGAUCAACUGCUACAAAAGGAGUCGGGCAAGUUUAGCUUGAAGACCGUGAUACAGCUGGCAGAUCAGAUGAUAUGCAGGAUAAAGUUUGUUCACGACAACGGCUAUUUACAUCGUGAUAUCAAGCCUGAGAACUUUCUGAUGGGUAGACGUGACAACGCCCGCAAGGUACGCUUAACCCUUUAAGGCUCUGUUUACAAGGAGGGAGGGUAACACUCGUGCAAGGGUUUCCCUGGCAACAGGGUUACCUAUAUUAGCUCUCUCGCAUUUCUUUUUUUUUUUUACACGACGUGUUUACCAGGCAGGUAGGGUUACCCUACCUGAGUGCUAGGGUUACCGGCCGUAGCAAGAGGGUUACCCUACCUGCCUUGUAAACGCUCCGCUAGGGAUAACUCGCCUACCCGGGAGAACUUUCCUCCGUUAUAUGUGACCACUAAUCUUGACGAUUUGAACGGAAUUACCCAAUUUCUGAGCUAGAUUAUAUAUAAACAUCGGAACAAUAUAAGGUAUUUUCUGUAUAUAAUCAUAAUAUUUUCCCGUUUUUUCGCGACCUUAUCGUCUUUUCCAUAGAGAACUUAAGUUUUAUUUCACAUCUUGGACGUUACACUGAAUGUCACGCAAACAAACACGUCAAUAAAGCUGCAUGGUAAAGUUGACCCGGGUGAUGAAAUUUGCUUGUAAACCAGAGCUAACUAGGGUAAUCCUAGCACAGGGGUAACCCUCUCUCCUUGUAAACAGUGACCAACUUCAAUUUUCUCCUAAUCAUAUCCAUACAUUGUCAAGAGAUUAGGUUAUGAGAAUUAAUAAAAUGAUCACCCAAGAGAAAAUGUUUCGAUCUUUAAUAUCAUAGGUGACGAAUUACUCCUCACACGAAAGGGCACAUCAAGAAGGACUCUAACAGGUAUUUUGUUGAAAAAUUCUGAACUUAAGCCAAAUUUAAUCUCUAAACGUUCGAGAGAGGGAAGUUCUCGAUCGAUGCGAUCCAGAAUAAACAUGUCAAAAAUCCAAGAUUGCUAACGUAAUUCGUCACCCAUGAUAUUAACAGGUAAUCAAAUGGUAUACUCGUGAAAUUAUUCCCUAAUUUCACUCGUCACCAUUUGAUUACGCGUACUAAUCAAAUUCUCUCAACCCAUUCUUUAAGGAAAUAUAUAGAGAUCAGUUUGAAGAAUUUGUAUGUGUAUCUUGGAGCUUGAAGGGUUAUGAGUUUUUUACAUGUUUGACACUAAGGGCCGUACAUAGUUUGUAAUGGUUUCAAAUCUAAGUCUGUGUUCACACUAUAAAGUAUAGCUUUUUGCGCCGGCGCGAAAACCGUACCAGAUAGGGCUUCCGUUCACACAUAAAAACGGUGAUUUUGGCGCGAGUUCUGUGACGGAGCGAGGCUACGCCGCGCCGAUCUCUAAGGUGGAGAAUCACAUAGUCGGAUAGAUGUCAGGGGCGGAUCUAGGGGAGGGUGCAGGGGGUGCGCACCCUCCCCCCCCCCCCCCCCCCGAGAUGACCUGCAGUUUUCUAAUACAACUGGUAUUCUGCCAAAAAAAAAAUAUGUGGUUUAUUGGUGUUGAAGAAGAGCAAGAGACGAGUGCACCCCCUCCUAAAAAAAUUCCUGGAUCCGCCCCUGGAUGUUCAUACUAUGCUGGGUAGCUUUUUGUGUCCGCACGAGGCAAACGAAAAACAAUGGCAAUUUUUUUUUCGUUUUAAUAGCUAUUUGAACGCAGGGUAAGCGUUGAUAAAUGUUCUCAGUCAUUGAUCGCGCGUUAUUUUGAAAUAUAUCUUUGAUUGCCAAUUUGAGCCACUUAAAUGAGCUACAUUUUGUGAAAGUGUCGUGGCAAAAAACAAAAUAAUCACUCUUACAGAACCGGUCUCAGAGAAAACCUCUUGGAAUCACCUUGUAAGCAAGGCAGAGUCCAAGAUACCGAGCUGGCUUGCUUAUUAAGUCAACCAUAACCACACUAUUUGGUGACAGAAAAGGAAAAAAUUGUAGGCAUGUACGUAAGCAUGUUUUGAGCUUGAAAAUAUUUUAAAUGAAUGCUAAAACAAUAAUUCGAAAGUCACAAACGUACACGGUCACCAAGAAACUACGGUUUUUAUGUUCACAAUGUGCUCCAUUUGUUGAUGUUACUGGAAGUAACUCCAAUAAGCAUAGCAGAUCUGAGGAACUGGGUUAGUCACAUUGCACCUGUAGGAGUUCUCAAAUUUAAUAGUUAUUGCAAAAAGGUGGGCGAUAUUUUUCAUUUCAAAUAUUAAUACUAUACUGACUAUUUUCUGAACUGGCUGAUCUACUUUAUUCGUGGGAUUGAGUCAGAGAAGCUUUAAGUUAGUGGGAGUUAAAUUAUGUCAUUGAAGGAUUGAAGCACGCAAAUAAUAUGGAGGCAGCGAAGUCGAAAAUAGGGCACUCUUUUAUUUACUGUAUGAGUUGAGUGUGAUAAAACUGUACGUGCUUAAAGCAUGAGUUGUAAAACUAGCUGUUCAGUCUGUCAGUCAAUUUUUUCUGCAAAGAAGGAGUACAAAUUAAAGAUCUACAUUCUUGGAAAAUGAAAUACUAAAUGAUAAGAGCAAAAGUUUUAAUUCUUUCGCAAAUGGGUUCGUGAGUUAUUGAUGCUAAAAUUAUUUCAAAGAAACGAAUGACCUGAGGGGAAAUUAGUUACUUUGGGUUGACAUUAGCGUAAGAUCCAUGGAUAGGAGUUAUCAAGUUAAUUCAAGUCAUUAAGAGAAAAACAGCAUCAAGUCUAUAAUCGAGCGUGUGGGUUCAAAGAGUUAAUUGCGUGGUGUUUUUAGUGUUUCGUUUUCAACAUGUUUAUAUUCAAUUAUUUUUCUUUUAUACACCCUGUCGUCUUGGCUGUAUCCUUUAAAACAUGUCCUUUUUUGCACGUACGUCGAGUUACCUCUUUAAAGACAAUUUUUAUUUAGUAAAAUGUUCUUUCAGCAUUGACCGAGUACAAUGCUUCCAUUAGUAAAGGGGCGUACUUGACAGAAGUGACUUACAGUGUAUUCGUACAUUUCCUUACGAUCUGAUUAGCGUGCAGAAUUAAAUUUUCUUUUCUUUUCAGUACGUGUUGUUUAAGAAUGAACAAAAAGCAUUACGCUAAGCCCUUCAUAAGUUCCUGAGUCAUCUAUGGUUAGAGAUGGCCCCUUGUUUUAUGACAGCAGAGCACUUUGUCUGUUUUUACCGAGUUUUUUGCUUUAAUUGGUUAUAUAUAACUUCUAUCUUUUUCAAUUGAAAAAACUUGGUGACAAUUAAACUACAAAGUUUUGCCGAAAAGAUCACGUGGGUGCAGAGCUCAGAUAUUAUUUUUGUCUUUUUCUUUCUUUUUCUUCUUCUUGUUUUUUUUUUCUUUGUAACUCUCUUUGAAUUAUCAAAAUUAUUUAUGAUUUUUCAGGUUUACUUGAUUGAUUUUGGUCUCGCAAAGAAGUACAGGGAUAAGCGUGUUCGACACAUUCCUUUGAGGCAAAAAGAGAGUUGCGAACUCACAGGCACCGCUCGGUACGCUAGUUUGAAUGCCCAUAAAGGGAUGGAGCUGAGUCGGAGGGACGAUUUAGAGUCCAUUGGCUUUGUCCUUCUUUAUUUCCUCAAAGGUUCCUUACCUUGGCAAGGACUUCAAGCUCGCAGCGACCAGGAGAGAUUCAAGUUAAUAACUGAGAAAAAGCUUUCGUUUUCGGCAGAAAGGCUUUGUCAUAAGUUGCCUGACGCAUUCAAAGAUUAUCUUAACUAUUGCAGAGGAUUAAAAUUCGAAGAAGAACCGGAUUACGAAUAUUUGAGAGAUCUCUUUCAACAGCUGGCGUCGAAAGUAAAAAUUGAAUUAGAUGGACGAUUUGACUGGAGUCCAAAUCCGACCAAAAUAAGUCGUACAUGUAAAAAUAACGAACAGAAAGAACUAGAAUAG